AAUGAUGUUAUUGACAUUUAUAAUGCCAAUGUCACAGAAUUUCUAAUUACAAGGUUUACUAAGCAUCGUAAAGAUCAGCUCGAUGAUGUUGACCGGACUGUGGAUAUUGGUAACACUCUAACAACCAUAACCUGUUGA